CUCCAGGCACUAGGCCAGCCACUCACUGGGAAAACAAGUGCUGGUGCCAGAGCCUUCUGUGGUUCCAGGCCGCCUCUGCCGAGACAGGCCCAUGGAUCCAGUCCGGGUUGCCGUGGUGGGGGCAGGGGUGAUGGGGCUCUCCACCGCUCUGUGCAUUUCCAAACUGGUCCCCGGAUGCUCCGUCACAGUCAUUUCUGACAAGUUCACUCCGGAGACAACGAGUGAUGUGGCAGCUGGAAUCCUUAUUCCCCACGUUUACCCAGACACACCCAUCCACAAGCAGAAGCAGUGGUUUAGAGAGACCUUUGACCACCUAUGGGCAAUUGCCAAUUCUGCAGAAGCCGGGGAGGCUGCCGUUCAUCUGGUGUCUGGCUGGCAGGUAUUUCAGAGCAUUCCUACUGAAGAAGUGCCAUUCUGGGCUGACGUGGUUCUGGGAUUUCGAAAGAUGACCGAGGCUGAGCUGAAGAAAUUUCCCCAACAUGUGUUUGGUCAGGCUUUUACAACACUGAAAUGCGAAGGUUCUGCCUACCUCCCAUGGUUGGAGAAAAGGGUGAAAGAAAGUGGGGGCGUGCUACUCACCCGGCGAAUAGAAGACCUGUGGGAACUUCACCCGUCCUUCGACAUCGUGGUCAACUGUUCAGGCCUUGGAAGCAGACAGCUUGCGGGAGACUUGGAGAUUUACCCCGUGAGGGGCCAGCUGCUUAAAGUCCAGGCUCCCUGGGUGAAGCAUUUUAUCCGAGAUGGGAGUGGGCUGACGUAUAUUUACCCCGGUGCAUCCAACGUAACCCUGGGUGGAAGUAGGCAAAAUGGAGACUGGAAUCUGUCCCCAGAUGCAGAAAUUAGCAGAGAUAUUCUUUCCCGAUGCUGUGCUCUGGAGCCCUCCCUCCGUGGAGCCUGGGACAUCAAGGAGACGGUGGGCUUGAGGCCCUACAGAGCAGGUGUUCGGCUGCAGAAAGAGCUCCUGGCCCGGGAUGGCCGGAGGCUGCCUGUGGUCCACCACUAUGGCCACGGGAGCGGGGGCUUCUCCAUGCACUGGGGGACGGCUCUGGAGGCCGCCAGGCUGCUGAGUGAGUGUGUUCAAGCCCUCAGGGCCCCCGCUCCCAAGUCAAGGAUGUAAGUGACAUAAAAUGACAGCAAAUGGCCCAGGAGACUAUUGACCAACAUAUAAUUUCUGUUCAAAAUGAGAAAUGAUACAAUGUGUAUGAGUAGAUUUAGAACUAGUGCUAAUCUAGUGCUAUUCUGGUACUAGGUUUACAUCUAUUACUAAUCACAUGGAACAUAAAGCUCUAUUUCUAUUAAAAAUAAAGAUUUUGAUAAAAAAGAUGACUUUUA